GCUUGAAAGGUCAAACAAGUCAGGCUGCCUGCUGUGCAUGGAGUCAAUUCCAUCUCCUACCCUUCGGUCAUCAGUCAUCACCACCACCCUCAGCCCCCCAGUUCCUCUGUAAGGCACCUAUUAUUGAUUCAUCCUGACCUCAUCUGGGGCCAAUUGACCUCGCUUCCUCUGGCCGCGUCCCGGAAAGGAAUUGUUUAGCUCUCUUUAGGCUGCUUCAUCUCCCUGCGUCGCUCGAAGUAGAAGGCAGGCGGCUUUUGUCUUUCAAGUGACUUUUGGCCCCCUUUUGGGAUCCCAAGCCCUGGAGAUGGCUCAGCAUGCCCAUGUUCCGAAGUUUGGAGAUUGGGAAAGCGUUGGUGAUGUUCCCUAUACACAACGUUUUGAGGUUGUUCGCAAGGGUAGAAGUGGAGGGAAGGCAAUAAAUUCAGAUGAUCCUCAUGAAAACCCUGAAGCAGUACAUCCAAACUUGGAAGACCUACAUCCAAAGGAUGAUCGCCGUCGACUAACGCAGUCACCUUUGCAACAUGGUGCUGUGACUUCUAAACCAACCAUGGUGUCCCCUCUUCAUAGGCAUGGGUAUCAACCAGAUUCAGGUGACCAUAGGAGGGCUGGCAGAACAAGUGGUGGAUCUGAGAAUAGCUCUCCACUUCAUGCCCACUAUCAAGUGAAAGCUGCUACUAGAGUUGGUGUAUCUUCUCCUUCCAAGGGUUCAUCCGAAGGUAGCCAUGCAUACGCUUCCAAUGUUGCAAGUAGAUCGAGAAUGACUGGUGGUCGAGGUGAUGAAACACCUGAGAAAGUGUCAUCUGUGCCUAAGUUUGGUGAGUGGGAUGAAAGCAAUCCUUCAUCAGCUGAUGGUUACACCCAUAUAUUUAACAAAGUGAGAGAGGAAAAGACUGGAUCAACAAAAGCUACCAUGAUAACUGAUGAUACGAUCUAUGUCAAUGACCAAGAUGUUCGUGGUAGAUCCAUGAGUUGUUGCUUUGGCUGGUGCAAGAAGUAACUAGUUGCGCAGGAAGGUUCAAAUCUCUCAUCCUGUACAUAUCCUCAAAGAAGACUAUCAUAUUAUUUGGAUAUAUUUGAGAAAUGCAUUCUCCUCUGUGCUAGUGUGGAUGUUCAUGAAUAUGUUGAUGUAUUCGAAAACAUUUUCUUUCUAGUUUCUUGUGCCUCUGUAUCCUGAUUGCAACACUAUGGAAGACUAAAUUUCAGAUUGAUUCA